AUGCAAAUCUUGCCCAGUCCUGAAGAAUCCAUCACCUGUAGUGGCCCGCACUAUGACAGAGCGAAAGAAGCAAAGGAAUUGACGAGACCAAAGCCGGCGUCAAAGGCCUCAUCGACUCCGGCAUGGCCAAGGUCCCUAGGCUCUUCAUCCACCCCUCCCCAGAACCUGCGCGACUUGUCCUCUGACACAGAGGGGUCCGCCACUGACCUCAAGGUCCCCAUCAUCGACAUGAUGGGCUGUCAGGAUUCCCAGCUGCGGCGAGACGUGGUCGACGACCUCCGUAGAGCGUCGGAGACGUGGGGGUUCUUCCAGAUAAUUAACCACGGGAUCCCGGUCGAUGUGAUGGACGGCGUGUUGGAAGCUGUCAAGCAGUUCCACGAGCAGCCUGAGGGAGUGAAGGGAGAGUGGUACUCCAGGGACGACGCUAGGAAAUUUAGGUACUACAGCAAUGGAGACUUGUUUUGGUCCAAAGCAGCAACUUGGAAGGACACUCUCCUGUUUGAUUUCCUGCUUGAGCCAGACCGAGAGGCAAGGCACUGGGGGCUCGAUUCAGGCUAUCUUGGUGACAUUGAAUGCAUGGACUCCAAGAGAAUAGUAAGCCAUUACUACCCAACUUGCCCUCAGCCAGAGCUGACUCUGGGCACAAUCAAUCACUCGGAUGCCACAUAUCUCACUCUUCUCCUGCAAAACCACCAUGGCGGCCUCCAAGUCCGGCAGCAGGACCAGUGGGUCGAUGUGUCCCCGGUGCCUGGAGCCAUCCUAGCCAACAUUGGAGACCUCAUGCAGCUUGUUAGCAACGACAAGUUCAAGAGUGUGGAGCACCGGGUCCUUGCCAGGCGGGCUGGGCCCCGGGUCUCAGUCUUGUGCUUCCUCUUCCCAGGGAGACGCGUAAGUCGAAGCCUGUACGGGCCGAUAAAGGAGCUCUCGACGAGAACAAUCCAACCCAUGUACAGGAGACCUCUUUCACAGAGUAUUUUGGGUAUUACCUCUCCAGUGGCAAUGGCCUCAAUGGCGAAUCUGUGCUUCCUCAUUUCAGAGUAA